AGACGAUGAGGAGAAGAAGAGCUUUGCAGGUUUUAGAGAGAAACGGGAGCCGAUCUGCUGAAGAAUAAUCUGCUACAGAUGACCAUGCUUUCCACGUGCCUUCCUGCACAUUUCUAAGUAACAUCCGUAAACACAUCCAGAAGCUGCCCAAAUAAAUUAAUGCUGAAUGUGAGAAUAUGGCAUCCAGAAGCUCCAGUACUCAGAAAAUUUCCUCUGCUGAUCUUCACACAAACUCACCUUGCAAACCAACACAGAAGACUACAGGCAAAAAAAGAGCUCACUCCUGCUCAGAGUGUGGAAAAGGCUUUACUACACAGAGUCAUCUCCAAAGACACCAGCGCAUUCACACAGGAGAGGAACCGUAUCACUGCUCACAGUGUGGGAAGAGAUUUAGUCGACAGAGUAAUCUCCAAACACACCAGCGCAUUCACACAGGAGAGAAACCAUAUUACUGCUCAGAGUGUGGAAAAAGUUUUGCUGUACAGUGCAAUCUUCAAUCACACCAGCGCAUUCACACAGGAGAGAAAUCGUAUUACUGCUCAGAGUGUGGACUGAGCUUUAGAAGAUGUAGUGACCUCAGAAAACAUCAGCGCAUUCACACAGGAGAGAAACCAUAUCACUGCUCGGACUGUGGCAAGAGAUUUAGUCAACAGAGUCAUCUCCAAAGACACGAGCGCAUUCACACAGGAGAGAAACCGUAUCACUGCUCAGACUGUGGGAAGAGUUUUACUCAACAGAGUAGUCUCCAAAAACAUCAGCGCAUUCACACAGGAGAGAAACCGUAUCACUGCUCAGACUGUGGACAAAGUUUUGCUGUACAGAGUAGUCUCCAAACACACCAACGUAUUCACACAGGAGAGAAACCGUAUUACUGCUCAGACUGUGGACAGAGUUUUACUACGCAGAGUCAUCUCCAAAGACAUCAGCGCGUUCACACAGGAGAGAAACCGUAUUACUGCUCAGACUGUGGCAAGAGUUUUACUCAACAGAGUAAUCUCCAAACACACCAGCGCAUUCACACAGGAGAGAAACCGUAUUACUGCUCAGACUGUGGGAAGAGUUUUACUCAACAGAGUAAUCUCCGAACACACCAGCACAUUCACACAGGAGAGAAACUGUAUCACUGCUCAGAGUGUGGCAAGAGAUUUAAUAGACAGAGUCAUCUCCAAAUACACCAGCGCAUUCACACAGGAGAGAAACCGUAUCACUGCAUUGAAUGUGGGAAGAGUUUUAGAGAAAGUGGUGCCCUCAAGAUUCACCAGCGGAUUCACACCUGAAAGAAACUGCAUCAUUACAACACAUGCACUUUAUGAUUCAAGUGGGUCUGACUGUUCCCAAUAAGAUGUAUUUGAGCUUCGUAUAUAAUUAGAAGAAAUGUAUACUCCGUGCAGAAUUUAAAUUUAUGAACAGUCGAAGAAACUGGGCUGACAUGUUCAGACUGUCUAGUGCUGGUAAGGACAGAAUCCAGAAGACAGUACCUGUCUUAAUUUGGUAACAUCUGAACAAUGAAGCAGAGCUGCUCUAGUAAUAUAUAUACACACACACACACCUGGAAGGACAGAUCGGGAUUGGUCAACAUGUUUUUUUUAUUAUUAUUAUUAUUAAUGUUAUUAUUAUUAAUUUAUCUAAUGCAACUGAGAAGCAUUUAGGAUUAAACAUGAAAUUAGACAGUAUGUUUCUAGCAGUAUUUGGACCAAGAGGUUGUUCAGGAGGAAAUUACUCAAUAUCCACUUUUUAAGGUAAUUCUUUAUUAGAGAGAGAGAGAGAUAGGGCUUUAUUGUCAUUCACAUCACAUGUGGUACAUGAGGUGGAACGAAACAUUGUAUUCACGGUCCAGUUAACUCCAGUGACAAACAAACAAUAAAUAGAAGG